CGGCCUCGCGGCAGCCGCCCCCCGCACUCGUCACGCCGCGCUCGCCCCGGGCCUGGAAUCGGGCCGCCGCCGCCCCGGCCAUGGACCCCCGCAAAGUCAGCGAGCUCCGGGCCUUUGUAAAAAUGUGUAAGCAGGACCCCGGCGUCUUGCACACCGAGGAAAUGCGCUUCCUGAGGGAGUGGGUGGAGAGCAUGGGGGGUAAAAUACCACCUGCUACUCAUAAAACUAAAUCAGAAGAAAAUAUCAAGGAAGAAAAAACAGAUAGUAACAAGGCGGAGGAAAACAUAAAGACAGAGGAGCCAUCAAGUGAGGAAAGUGAUCUAGAAAUUGACAAUGAAGGUGUGAUUGAACCAGACACUGAUGCCCCUCAAGAAAUGGGAGAUGAAAAUGCAGAGAUAACAGAGGAGAUGAUGGAUCAGGCAAAUGAGAAGAAAGUGGCUGCCAUUGAUGCCCUAAAUGAUGGUGAGUUACAGAAAGCCAUUGACUUGUUCACAGACGCCAUCAAGCUGAAUCCUCGCUUGGCCAUUCUGUAUGCUAAGAGAGCCAGUGUCUUCGUCAAAUUACAGAAGCCAAAUGCUGCCAUCAGGGACUGUGACAGAGCUAUUGAAAUAAAUCCUGAUUCAGCUCAACCUUACAAAUGGCGAGGAAAAGCACACAGACUCCUGGGUCAUUGGGAAGAAGCGGCCCAUGAUCUUGCCCUUGCAUGUAAGCUGGAUUAUGAUGACGAUGCUAGUGCAAUGCUGAAAGAAGUUCAACCCAGGGCCCAGAAAAUUGCAGAACAUCGGAGAAAGUAUGAGCGAAAGCGUGAAGAACGAGAGAUCAAAGAAAGAAUAGAAAGGGUUAAGAAGGCUCGAGAAGAACAUGAGAGAGCCCAGAGGGAGGAAGAAGCCAGACGACAGUCAGGAGCUCAGUAUGGCUCUUUUCCAGGUGGUUUUCCUGGGGGAAUGCCUAGUAACUUUCCUGGAGGAAUGCCUGGAAUGGGAGGGGGCAUGCCUGGAAUGGCAGGAAUGCCUGGACUCAAUGAAAUUCUUAGUGAUCCAGAGGUUCUUGCAGCAAUGCAGGAUCCAGAAGUUAUGGUGGCCUUCCAGGAUGUGGCCCAGAAUCCAGCAAAUAUGUCAAAAUACCAGAGUAACCCGAAGGUUAUGAAUCUCAUCAGUAAAUUGUCAGCCAAAUUUGGAGGUCAAGCGUAAUGCCCUGACAGAUGAAACCCUUGCUGAAGGAAAAGCAACUUAGAUCACCUAAUGGAUGUCGCAAUAAUACAAACCAGUGUACCUCUGACCUCCUGAAGAAAGCUGGGGUGCUUUGAAGAUAAUCCCUACCCCUGCACCCCAAAUGCAGCUGAAACAUUUUACAAUGGUUUGCCAUUAGGUAUUCAUUCAGAUAAUGUUUUCCUACUAGGAAUUACAAACUUUAAAUACUUUUUAAACCUUAAAAAUAUUUAAAACAAAUUAAAAGGGUGUGUUAAUCCCUACAUUUUUCUUUACUAAUCAUUUUGGGUUUUUUUUUUUAAUUACUUGGGCAAGGACAAUAAUUCAGUAUGAAAGAUUCAUUGUGUAGUUUGAGGGAUAUAUUAAGUGGAGGUUAAUAUAAAA